AUGCGUAAAGAUUUGAAGCUUAUGCUGAUAGUGAAUGGCCUCAUUGUGCUCUUUCUUAUCACUCAGGUCUUUGAUUUGAUGACGCUAUUGAUUGAUGAUUCAUUCAAGGACGCGAUCGUAGAGUCCGAGUUGACACCAGUCAAAUAUACUAAGCAAGCUGAUGGAGAGGAGACCCCAGAUAGAAAGCUCAUAGUGCCAAAAAUUAUCCAUCAGACUUAUAAGAAUGAGACCAUCCCUGAACCAUGGCUCGCACCUCAGAAGUCUGUUAGAGAUCUCCAUCCAGAUUUCGAGUAUAUCCUAUGGACCGAUGAGACUGCUAGAAAUUUUAUCAAAGAACACUAUGACUGGUUUUUGCCAACUUAUGAUAACUAUCCAUACCCUAUUAUGAGAGCAGAUGUCAUGAGGUAUUUUAUUCUUUACCAUUACGGUGGUGUCUACAUUGAUUUAGACAACGGAUGCGAUUUUAGAAUCGAUCCUUUAUUAGCAUUUCCCGCUUGGCUGAGAAAGACUGUACCCACUGGAGUGUCCAAUGACAUCAUGGGUGCUGUUCCCAAGCACCCAUUUUUCUUGUACGUGAUAGACAAUCUUCAAAGGUAUAACCACAAUUGGUUGGUAUCAUACAUUACAAUCAUGUAUUCCACUGGGCCCUUGAUGCUGUCUGUCGUAUGGAAGCGAUACAAGAGAUGGGGUGUUCCUAAUGGUGGUCAAGUAAGAAUUUUGGUGCCUCCAGACCACAAGACUCAUAUGACAUAUUUCUUCUUUACCGCCCAAGGUUCCAGUUGGCAUUUGGGCGAUGCUAAGUUUAUCAUGUCCAUGGGUAAACAUUGGAUAUUCUACACGUUCCUCGGAACUGCCUUGGUUAUUAGCGUGUUCUACCUGCAGUUCAAAUUCUAUCAAUUCCUUUUAUCUGGCUCAUUUACCCGCUUUUACAGGAAGUCUCUCAGAAGGCUAUUCCCUAACAGCCAAUAUAAAGAUCCUCAGGAAGAUGGCCAGUACGAACUUGUACCUGGCGAAGUGUAG